AUGUUACAACUCGCAACGACUUUGGCGACGGAAUCGCCUGAACAUAAAGCCGCGCGAAUGGCUGCGAAGAAGGCGCAGAAAGAGGAGCAGCAGAAACGGCAUGCGGCCAUGCAGGCAGCGAGGGAGAAGAAGAAGGAAGAGCAGGAAGAGCGCAAAGAGGCGAAAGCUGCGAGGGAUGCAGCGAAGAAAUCCGGGUCGCCUUCUUCGCCACCGAAACCACCCAAGUCGCCCAAGUCACCUCCCAAGAAGUCGCCAUCUCCAUCUGUACCGCCCAAGAAGUCACCGUCACCGUCCCCUCCGAAAUCUCCCGUCAAGACGACAACACCAACUCCUUCCACGCCAAAGCCAACUACUCCGUCAACUCCGUCGACUCCAUCAAAGGGUUCCGUCAACCCUGCUGACGUGUCCGUCAUCGCGAAUCUCGAGGCAGCGUCAACGUUAACGGCGGACGCGGCCGAUUUGCUGACGCCCAAACACCAGUACUAUGCGAAUCUGAAGAGCACCGAGCAGGCUCUUAAGAACGCGGUGAUCUUAAUCAACCAGGGACAGCGCGCGCUAGUGGCGACGCAGGUUGAUAAUUCCGUCGCGACACUUAACGGCGUGUCGGUGAUGCUUAACAAAGUGACGUACAAAGACGCGUUGGACCUUAUCACUCAGGCGAAAACCAAGGCUACAACCGCCAAAACGGACUUUAAGCCGUGA